AUGAAGGCCACUCUCUUCGUCUCUCUCCUCCUCUCCCUCGGCGUCACAGCCACUCCUGCCAUUGACACCGUCACCAUUGAGGACGGCGGUCACACCUACACUGGUAUCGACAAGGCAAGCAAACUCCCCUCUCCAGAGCCAUCUCAAAGCUGUCCUGACACUUCAUCUCACAGCCCCUCCUCGCCCUCCGUGGUCUUGAGGCUCGUUGCGACUGUUUCCCCUGCUACUCUCCCCACGCCGACUGCCAGCCCGGAAAGUGCCAGUGUGCUGGUAACUAUGGCUGCUGGUCUUGCGGCGGCGGUCGCAUGCAGUGCCAGCCUGGUCCUGGAUCCGGACAGUGCUGGACCUAAACAGUCUGCUGGUUUCAACGGGGUCGAACAGGAUCUUGUUUAUUAA